AUGGCUUUUAUAAAAAUUCAAGCAGAAGGAUUUGAAGGAAAUGCUUUGAGAUUUGAUCAAUUUCAUCAAAUUCGGUUGGCUCGAUAUAUAACACCAAUGGAAGCAUUUUUAUCGAUUUGGGGUGUGCCUUUAGUGAAAAAAUCACAUCAGGUUUAUAAAAUAUUAUUUUAAAUAUAAUAAAUAAAGGUUGAUGAAUUGGAUCUUCAUGGUCCAGAAGGACAUAAAGUUGCCUUUCAAGAAGGUGAGGAGGAAAUAAUUGGUGAAAGAUUAUUAGCGCAAAGAGAAGCUGGAGAAGAGCGACUAACACAAUUGACUUCUUAUUUUGCGUUUAAUAGAGAACUUAAAGAAAAAGGAAAACCCAGACUUUGCUUGACAUAUGCAAAAGCAUAUCGACGUUUGAGAUAUGAUAAAAUUAAGAAAUCAUGGAAUUUUUACGUUGACCAAAGUGUUGUUAGAAAAAAACUUUGCAGAAUGCGGACUGUUUCGCCAACAAAUAAAGAUCUUUUGGUUAGUUUUUUGGCAGAUUUUAGAUAAUAUAAUUCAGGCUAUUCGUAUUCUGUUGACAACCGUUGAGGACCCAACAUGUUGGGAUGACUUACGAACAUUUAAUGGACAAUUGUAUUUUAAUUUUAUUGAAGCGGCAAAAGCACGAGGCUUAUUAGAUGAUGAUAAUAUUUGGAAAGAAACAAUUGCUGAAGCUUUUGGCUCUCAGAAAAGAGUUCGACAGCGAAUUCGUUGGCUCGCCUUAUUUUUUG